AGAAAUUUCAGGCGGUCUUUUCAAACAGCUCUUACACUAAAAGGGUAUUAUCAUAAUUUUCACAAUUUCACAGUAUUUUUACAGAUUCCCGUUGUGUAUCAAGAAUGGUUCACCACCCAAAGGAUAUCCAGCCAACUUGACAAAACUGUGGGAAGUCAACAUGGGCCAGCAUAUCUAUGGAAUGCUUUCUACACCUUGUCGUUCAUGCCCCGACAAAUUGAGGCUGUCUGAGGGCAAAAGGGGGUGCAACUCAAUAUCAGAAAGGUGUUCCUAAUGUUUUGUACACUCAGUGUAUAUAAAACACAAGAGAAAUCUCUUUUUUGACUGCACUGGACCUUUAACUUCUAAUAUUGAGCAAAUUACACUAAUUGGAGCCAAUUACACUCACACGCCCAUGAAUAGUCUACCAAUGUAGCAAGUGCCGCUGGAUGCUGUAUCUGAAAGGAGUGCAUUAUGAACCCAGUGUACAACCCUGCACCAACAGGGGUCCCCUAUGUCAACCCUAAGGGACAUUUAGUAGGAUACCCAGCUGGAUUUCCUGGGGGGUACUCGGCUGGCCCUGCUUACACUCCCAACAUGUACCACCCUGGAGCCAACCACCCAGCCUUCCCCACAGGUUACGCUCCGGGCACUCCUUUUAAAAUGACCUGCUCGCCCACCACGGGGGCUGUCCCACCCUACUCCUCAUCACCCAACCUCUAUCCUGCAGCAGUCUUCCCUGUGAGGAGCACCUACCCCCAACAGAACCCCUACACACAGCAGCAAGGCACUUACUACACACAGCCUCUGUACGCAGCCCCACCCCAUGUCAUUCAUCACACUACAGUGGUCCAGUCCAAUGGGAUGCCAGCAGCCAUGUAUGCCCCGCCCAUGCAUCACCAGUCCCGCCCCCACAAGGGCGUAGCCAUGGGGAUGAUAGCAGGGACCACUAUGGCCAUGUCAGCCGGAACUUUGUUGACGCACUCCCCGACCCCCCACCAAGUUACAAUGCCCACAUACCGACACCCAGGCAUGCCCACCUACAGCUAUGUUCCCCCCCAGUGGUAAAGUGAUGGCACUGUCAGAAGAUCGUAGAUAUGCAUUCACACUCCAGUUGGUGAUGACGCUCUCCGGUGUCUCGUGUCAGCUGUUCUUCCUUCCUUUCCAAGCAUACUGUGAAUCUGAAGCCCAACUACAAAACAACACCAGGUGUGUUCAGAACAGGAUGAAGGGAAUAUUCCUACUGCUGACUAUUCCUGUUUUAAAUGAUGCUGUCCAAGAAUCCUUCACUCACUCUGCUGCAUAUCUUGUGUCUGACGGCUAAGUUGUGUUUUGUGUACCGCCUUGCGAUUUUUAUAGCUAACUCUAUUAAGUGGUGCAAAGGGAGUUUGAAUUUGUUUUGCUGUUGGGAUCCAUAUUGAGUUGAAUGCGUGUGUAUAUACACUGAGUGUAUGAACAUCAGGAACACCUUCCUAAUAUUGAGUUGCACCCCCCCUUUGCCCUCAGAACAGUUUUAAUUCAUUGGGGCCUGGACCCUACAAGGUGUCAAAACCAUUCCACAGGGAUGCUGGCCCAUGUUGACUCCAAUGCUUCCCACAGUUGUGUCAAGUUGGCUGGAUGUCCUUUGGGUGGUGGACCAUUCUUGAUACACGAUGAAACCAAUGAGCGUGAAAAACCCAGUAGUGUUGCAGUUCUUGACACAAACCGGUGCGCCUGGCACCUACCAUAACCUGUUCAAAGACACUUAAGUCUUUUGCCUUGCCCAUUCACCCUCUGAAUGGCACACAUACACAAUCCCUGUCUCAAGGCUUGAAAAUCCUUCGAUAAGGGAUCAUAGCUUUCACCUGGAUUCACCUGGUCAGUCUCAUGGAAACAGCAGGUGUUCUUAAUGUUCUGUACCCUCAGUGUAAAAGAAGAAAUAACACUAGCUCAAUCUACCUUCUGUGACUAAUGCAAAAUCAUCAAAAAGAAACAUUCUAAUGAACUACAAAAGAAAGAAAAAAACUGCAAUUUUGAAUCACUGAUGCCAUUUCUUAAUGUGAGACAUUAAAAGAAAGGAACAAGUUAAUUUCACACAAACAGGUAACUUGAGUUUAACACACAAAGCUGUGCAGAACAAUUGUUUUCGUUGCUUGUUUUUGGUAAUGUUGCUAGGAUGCAUUUAUUUCUCUGGGGGAUGCUGUGUUAACAUUUGUCUGUUGGCCAUUUUUGUAUUAUUGGAAAAUUGGCCUUUUUGAGUUUUAAGCCUCUGUCUCAGAUGUCUGAUAUCCAACACGAAAACAUUAUUCACGCUCUUUGCCCAUGGAAGAUGUGACACAGACUUGAGUCCUAAAGAUCUUAGAUAGGUCAAUGGUCCAAGAGAAAGGAAACGAUGAGACCCCGAACAGUGCUUUACUUCACCGGACCUGAGUACAGGCACCUCCAAUGUUUUACUGCUUGAGCUCCUGUUCCCAUUAGCUAAAAAGUAUCUGGCACCCAAAAUGAGUACAGGCACCAAUUUCAGUUCAACUCAAGUACUGGCCCUAAAGGAAGCUAGCAGGAUGACACAGACCUGUCAUGACAGUUAAUCUAUUUCUGGUCACAAAGGAAAGGAAUUGAGGAAAGGAAGCAAUUUACAACUAUUCGGACUCCAUCCUACAGUGAGUGAUGGAGUGAGAGCAUUUGUAUGCAUGUGAGCGUGUUUGUGUUUAAUUCUAUUAGCUGAAAGCGGAUUCAAAUACUAAAGCCAUUGUGCAUACAGACGUAAUGUAUGUAUCACACCUGAACAUUUCUACAGAUUCCUUUCUGUUAUUGGUUUGGGUUUAACAACACCAAGAGCUACAGACUUUAACAGGUUUUAAACUUUUAUCCUGGAUUUAUUUGAAUGGAUUAAAUAGAUUAGAAUUGGCUUAGCACUAUUGGAAGAACAUACACAUUUGAGAUGCUCUGUUUUAAGGAAGCCGGAACUUGACAUUGUUUGCUAGUCACCUCAAGGCUCCACCAGAACUUACCAAUAUAUCAUUGUCUUUGAUUUGCUCGUCUAUAGUGCCUUUACAAGAUGUCACCUCAGUUACUGAAUCUGUUUUGUAAUGUUUUAUGUGUUUUUAUUUGUUUUUAUUUUCAAGAAAGACCAAAAAAUACAAUUAUGAGAAUUGUCAAUUGUUUUUAUUUAAGAAUUUCAUUGAAUCAUGUCACCUUCACAUUUCUGGGGACCCAGGCUAUAUGGUGUUUAAGCUGACCACUAUAACACAUGCUCCAAGCUGUCUUCUGAAGCCUGCGUCUAGCUAGCCCAUGGUGAUACCUUUUGUUUUCAGGCUCACUGCAGUAAUCUGGUCAGAUAAUGCAAGUCAUUGUUUAAAUGCCCACUAGGUGGACCAUAUGUCUCAUAUCUGCCUUCAGCGUCUACAGUCGUGGCCAAAAGUUUUGAGAAUGACACAAAUAUAAAUUUUCACAAAGUU